UUUUCUACUUGUAAAAAUAUUAUUGCUCCUCUGUGACUUGGGGUUGAGAAAAUAUCCUUUAGAAAAUUUUCGAAUUCCGAUUCCAAGGCACCAUGACGGGGAUGGGAGCCUAGAGCUCAUUUGUGAAAGCUAUGCGACGGUAACUAUGGGUGCCAGACCUCGUGACACAUUGGCUAUGAUCUGGCAUUCAUAAUAUAGAGAGCGAGAUUGGGGACCAGAAAUCCUGGGGCAAGAGAGACCGUAACGUACAACACCCUCCCCUUAUCCUUCAGCGUUCACGACGUCUUUUUUGUCCCAAUUAUUUUUCUUAGCAUUCCUCUUUUCCUUUUUUAUUUCAUUCACUUAUUAAUCUUGUUCGAUUUCCAACUUUGCAGACACAGCUAUAGAAAUUCCUUUCUAUAUCAUUUUAAUAUCUAAAAUAACAGCACCAGCAAGCGUGUCGGCCAAUCCAAAUAGUAGAUCUUGUUGUGGUUGGCUGAUGCAGGGCUUGCGUUCAGCCGAUUGAACAAAAUAACUCAACAAAGUCAAGAUAGAUAAAAUGAAAGAUUGUCGGGACUUUUGGCACGCGGGUAGAGCGUUGGUGGCGGUACUAGCGGUAGCAAACGGCAUCGUAACGGGUUCAAAAACUCGGUAUACGAGGAACCUCUGAGCGGAUUAGACACGCGAUCUACCUAUCGUUGACUAUAUAUUUCUCUUCCUGGCACGUUGGGAGCCCCAGUCGUCAUCUGCACUCGUCGCUGUGUACUGUUAAGGUGCUCAGCUGUUACUGCGAAACUCUUUCCGUCAACCGUGCCAUGUCAAAUUCAACAGAAUUCGUUCCGGACUCUUAUUACAUUCCUUAACUCUGUUACUCCGUUACUGUAUUACCCAACUCCAACACACCUUACAAGAACGGGAAGGCUUCUCAGAGUUGAGCUGAAUCGCGUGUUGAUGUCUGGCAAAAUAUUGCUGCCCUAUUUUUCCUUGACGAAUCAACAGCCUCCACCCCACCUCUACCCUACCUCUUUCGACCUAGACUUUUCAUGGGCAGUAUCAGCAGUGGUAUACUAAGGAAAUUGGGAGUGUAUUCAAAAUCAACACGACGGUGGUGGGCAAAAGCAGCUGUUCGUCUGGCGGAUAUGGAUGUGGCCCAGGUGACGUUGAAGAUAACUGUUUAGUGGCUGAGUGGGCGACGUUUGGUCGUCACUCUCUAUUUCGAGGCCCCUUGAUCGUUGGGAACUAUGCUUCAACCAACCAAGCGAUCCAUAUUUGAAGAUCCAUACAGGAAAAAUUGUGUCCUAGUGGUUCUGUUGGGAAUCUAUUGUGCGUUGUGCCAUAAUCUUGGUGACUUUUCCUAGCUUUUUGUGAUAUUGUGACAUUGUGACCUUUAUCUCACACAAAGACAACGCAGUGCAGUAGGCGCAUAAAAUACUCUGAAGUUGGGGUAACUGUGUCAUUAACAUUUGAAUUUUGAAUUCGAAUCAUAGAGAACUGAAGCAGUGUCAUUUGCUUUUCAGUCUAUUGUUCACUGGUGUUCGUAAAAAUAAUAAUUUUAAAAGUCAUAAACGAGAAAACAAGAUCUUCAAAACACAUCAAAAUUCAAAAUGUUGUGUUUGAGAGAAGAGCUCUGUGUUGCCCCAUUAAAUACCUCCACAUCGCCCAUCCGGAUGCUCUAAUUCUCAUAUUGAUGUGAGAGGGUGAAUGGGAAUCAAGUGACCACCGCAUAAUGGCUGCUGCUGUGGCUGGCUUGUACGGAUUAGGUGACGAGCAUGCACGUUACUCGCGAUUUGUGUCUCUGCCCAAAUUGGCAAGUCACGACGACGACGAUGGACUUAACCCAAAUGGCCAAUUCCCAGGGGUAGGAACCUUUGAGCCCAUUCCACAUGACCACGAUUUUUGUGAACGCGUCGUUAUCAAUGUGAGUGGACUAAGAUUCGAAACCCAACUUCGUACUCUUAACCAGUUUCCUGAAACACUUUUGGGUGAUCCUGCUCGACGGAUUCGCUAUUUUGAUCCACUGAGGAACGAAUAUUUUUUCGAUCGCAACCGGCCUUGUUUCGAUGCUAUUCUGUAUUAUUAUCAGAGUGGUGGCAGAUUGCGGAGACCUGUCAAUGUUCCACUUGAUGUUUUCUCCGAAGAAAUCAAAUUCUACGAACUUGGUGAAACAGCCAUCAGUAAAUUCAGGGAGGACGAAGGCUUCAUCAAAGAAGAGGAGAGACCACUACCAGAAAAAGAAUGGAAAAGGAAAGUGUGGUUGCUUUUUGAAUAUCCGGAAAGUUCACAAGCUGCUCGUGUGGUAGCCAUUAUCUCCGUAGUGGUCAUCCUCCUUUCGAUUGUUAUAUUUUGCCUUGAAACUUUGCCGGAGUUCAAGCAUUACAAACUUUUCAACGCCACCAACAAUCGGACGCGAAUCGAGGAGGACGAAGUGCCCGACUUCACAGACCCUUUCUUUCUCAUCGAAACAAUCUGCAUAGUGUGGUUUACUUUUGAAAUCAUCGUGCGCAUCAUAUGUUGUCCAAACCAACGAAACUUUUUUAAAGAUAUGAUGAAUGUUAUCGACAUAAUGGCUAUCAUUCCUUACUUCAUAACGUUGGCCACUGUCCUAGCAGAAGAAGAGGACAUUGACGACGGUAUUCAACGAGGGCCGCCUCAAGAGAGGAGUAGCAAUCAGGCCAUGUCAUUGGCAAUUCUUCGAGUCAUCCGACUUGUUCGAGUGUUUCGAAUUUUCAAACUCUCUCGCCACUCCAAGGGACUCCAGAUUCUAGGUCGCACGCUCAAGGCCUCAAUGAGAGAACUAGGACUUUUGAUUUUUUUCUUAUUUAUAGGCGUAAUAUUAUUUUCAAGUGCCGUCUAUUUUGCCGAGGCUGGCUCGGAGGUAUCCCACUUCAAAUCCAUCCCGGAUGCUUUCUGGUGGGCCGUAGUCACGAUGACCACCGUCGGCUAUGGUGACAUGACGCCAGUGGGAGUAUGGGGGAAAAUCGUGGGCUCACUUUGCGCAAUUGCUGGUGUGCUUACCAUAGCCCUUCCCGUACCUGUGAUUGUCUCAAACUUCAAUUAUUUUUACCACCGAGAGACAGAUCAAGAAGAAAUGCAAUCACAAAACUUCAAUCAUGUCACCAGCUGUCCUUACCUUCCUGGUACUUUAGGCCAUUCGCGUAACAAGAGAGAUUCAUUAUCCGAUUCUGGGGGUUCAGAUAUUAUGGACUUGGAGGAAGGCUUGCUGCUAGAGACGCCACUGACCAAGAAACAAAACUGCAGCACCCGAUAUAAUAACAACAUCAGUAACACCAAUGUUUUUACAGUUGAGACGGAUGUUUGAUUAUCGCAACUAAGUGACGUACCAUCCUCUUUGUUCGGUGUAAUUUUCUCACAACGAGUUAGCUGGUACACUGUUAUUCAGUGGAACCAGAUUUUUAGUUGUGCAUCUCUAGUCUUCCGGUCCUGAAGAAGUGAAACUAUACAACCAGAAAGAUUUUAAUCUUUCAUCAAGAUAUCUUUUAUCUUGCAAUGUCAAAUACCACUAUAGAAUGAAAAAUAGGAAGAAAUGCAAACGAAUCCUAACAUUAGUUGCCCUACACGCCUUCAUUACUGCGCCAAGCCACAAAAUUUAGUCAUGAUACUAUCUUUGAAGAAGAUACUUUGGUCACUUAUAGCGCUUGAAUAGAUGGGAAACAAGCAAAAUUGAGACUUUUGUUAUUCAAAUACUGGUAGUUCGUUGAACGCCAUGAAGAUGGAAAACUUUAUGGUGAAGUCUGGAGACAUUUGUCACACACGGAACCACGGAAGUUGUUAAAGCAAUACUUAAUAGCACUCUAAAUGAAAUUCAAGUCCUAAUAUAACUCGUUUUUAUCUUUUCUUGAAAGUUCUUUUGCUAUUUUAGCAUCUCUAUUUUUAAAUCUUCUGCUGGAAUUUGAUCUUUGAGAAAUUAGUUAGGUCUACUAUUGUUCCUCAGCUUUGUCUUUUUCUAGUGAUUGUGACCACAUUGUUCUUAUUAUAGAAUUGGUCAAAUUAGUUGUGGUCUAAAGAAUCUUCAAUUAGAUGUGAAAGUCGCCGACCGAUUUGUUUUUAUUUUGUUGUUUGUCUUACUACACAUGAGGCAUACAACAUAGAACUAAAAUCCAAUUAAAUAACAAUGAAAAUAAUGUUUUGAAAUCGAUAAUUUCCUUACACAAAUCCAAGCUAAUUUGACAUUUGUCGGUUAUUUUACAAUCAGUACAAAUGCCGUCCAUUCAAUGAUCACGAAAAAACGAGGAUUUCUUUUAAAAAACUCGAAGUAUCUCACUAACCGCAAUGUUGUGAAGAGUGAAGGAUCAGGGCAUCUGGCUUACAUUCACCUUAGAUAAAACACUUCAUAGUAAGAAAGGAUAUUUAAUAAUCUUAAACAGAAUUGAUUAUGGAGCAGGGUAUAUCUAAUAAAAUGAAAUCUGCUAAAAGAAGAAAACUUUAAAACCCAUGGAAAAGUCAAGCGAUGUAAAUAUUACGAAUUUGGAGUGUAUGCUGUAUUUCCGGUGCCUUAUGUCUUAAUGCUUUGUCCUAAUGACAGCAAAAAAAGACUAUCGAAAAAACGUUUGUAAUAGUGAUAGACCAUUAAUACGAUUUAUGAGAAAACUUUUUGCACCUAUAUUUGUUAUCACCUUUACUACAUUUACUAGAAUGCGACUUGCAUGAUUAUCCCUCUGGAAACCAUUUUUUAUUAAGCUUUGAAUCUUGAAUAAGGUAAUUGAUGUAUGUAUAGUUACAAAAGGUAACUUAUUUUGUGUGAUCUUGAAACCCUACAUUUACAUUCAGAUGUAAGUCAUUAACGGGGUACAUUUGUUUAUCUUAACCCAACAGCACAAUAUUGGUUGUUUGGUGCAAUAUAGUUUUUUCAUUCUUUUUCGUAGUUAUAUUAUUGACAUACAAAGUAAAUUAGUACACUUUACAAAUAGUUUUUUUCUUGUUUGAAAUUUUUCAAUCGCUAAUGCAUCUUUCGUCUGUAUACGUCUAACCUCUAUAUCUUCUUCUAUCCAUUAUAAAAUUCUUCGACGUUAUCCCUCUUUCUACCUCUCUCUUAAACAAUAUUUAGCUGUUGAUCUAAGUCUAUCUGUAUACCUAGCAUUUUCGUGUUGCAAUCGUAUAUCUUAAACGUUACUGGUAUUAGUAUUUCGAUGCUCUAUAUGGUUCUACUCCAUUUUACAUCGUAGCAUUGAUACCAAGUAAAUUUCUUCUUGCUAUAUUUUCUUCUGCUCUCUUCAUUCUUGUUACAGGCAUUUCUUCUUACUAUCUUUCCUUCCACCCUAUACAUCGUCACGAUAGUGCUUUUUUGGUUGCAAACUUGUUCUUUAUUUUUUAACUUGAUCAAUUGUUUUUCUUUCUAAAAACGGCGAUUAAUAACUCCAUAUAUUUUAAUUUUUAUUUCUGUGUUGAAUUUCACUUCUUAUUAUUAUGUUUAUAUUCAAUUUAAACACAAUUCAACUUACCCUCUGAUUUUAUUAUUAUUAUACUACAACAAUACUAAUAAGUAGCCUUUGGAAAUGAAUUCAUCGGAAUGAAUGACAAAAGAAAAUGAUUGGUCCAAGAAUAAUCUUGACAUAUCAUUUCCACGCUGUAAGCGGAAAUUCGAACACGAAGUGGUAUAAUAUUUUAUAGAAAACUUUCAAAUAGUUGAUUUUAUGAGCACAUUCUGACACCUCCCAAUUUGGUUUAUCUUGUGUUUCAUUGGUCUUCAUCUACACAGUGUCAUGGGGAAUGUUAUGUGGAUGUUCUUGACAAUCUAAUGAUAUUGCCAUGUAAAAUAAAUAAUAUUUGCUGUCGUAUAGUUUGCAAUCUUAGUUACACCUCACGAAACAAUCCCUAACUUUUAUCUCCCCACGCCGAUGAUCCAUUGAUACCCUGUAAUUUAAUUCAUUUAUCCAUAUCUUACGUGUUGUAUUAUAUUAAUGAUCUGAUUGACUUUCCGUUGAAUUUCCUCCGAUCCCAAUCCAGUUUAAACUCAACAAAUGCUCAUCUUCAAGGUCUACGUGUUGUGCAUUCAUUGUUAUACCAUAAAAUCCUUGAAUACUCUUAGUACGUAUAUAGGUUGACCCAAAUGUAACUGUACAUUUUUAUGAUUAUAUUGAAAUGAAUUUCUGAUUGAUGAAGUA